AUGUCGUCCAGAAAGAAGAUCCUCCUCAAGGUCAUUAUCCUCGGCGACAGCGGUGUCGGCAAGACGAGCUUGAUGAACCAAUAUGUCAACAAGAAAUUCAGCGCAUCCUACAAAGCGACCAUCGGCGCCGAUUUCCUGACCAAAGAAGUCCUUGUCGACGACCGGUUAGUGACGAUGCAACUGUGGGACACCGCCGGCCAAGAGCGAUUCCAAUCCCUAGGCGUCGCUUUCUACCGCGGCGCAGACUGCUGCGUGCUGGUAUACGACGUCAACAACUCCAAAUCCUUUGAUACCCUCGACUCGUGGCGGGAUGAGUUCCUGCUCCAAGCUAGUCCCAUGGAUCCUGAGAGCUUUCCGUUUGUGGUCUUGGGGAACAAGGUGGAUGUGGAGGAGAGUAAGAGAAUGAUCAGCUCGAAGCGGGCUAUGGCGUUUUGCCAAGCGAAGGGCGGGAUACCAUACUUUGAGACCAGCGCGAAGGAGGCUGUCAAUGUGGAGCAGGCAUUUGAAGUAAUCGCAAGAAACGCCCUGGCACAAGAAGAGUCACAGGACUUCAACCCAGACUUCCCCGAGACGAUCCCCAUCAACAUCGGCGAGAACGAACAGGGCUGCUCCUGCUAG